GAGCUGUUGCUGUAAAGCACCAGAAAGAGGUGCUGCUGCUAUAAACACCAGAAUAAUGAGAGGCCUGUCAGGCUACUCCAGCCUCGGGCUGUUGAGGGCAAGGAGAUAAGGGAGUUAUGGGCAGCAACAUUUAUGUUUAUCUGUACAGAUCCUCGCCAGGUUACAAAUGCCUGAAUUACGGACAUCCAGUACAUACGGACGACCGUUUGGGAGACUGGUGGGAUGGAUGUGCUGGCUGCUGCCACUUUCUACCAAGUGGGAACAUGACUAGCAACAACAUUGUUGCAUCUUGAAGAGAAAUCUGAAUAGUCAAGUCAAAUGCCCUGAUUUAACUGCUUGUGGGUCACACAUGGACAGCUACAACUUUAUGGAUUGAAAGUGUCAGCAACUCCAAGGAACAGCCUGAGCAGCUUUGAUUUUACACCAACUCCUGUCAGUGUUCAUUUCACAGAUACUGAGGUGGAUGUGUUUGCAAUUCUUCAGUUUGAAAUCUUUCACUUGGCUGUCCACAGGAUGCAGCUCACACCAUAUUUUAUGCUGUGGCACCUACAACUGAAUUAGACUAAAGCAAACUCUCUGCUGAGUCAUUACUAAGAACACUCUCAGCUGUCCCCCUCACAGCACAACAGAACUAUAAUACACUCUGUUGGAAAGUCACAAACCUGCACAAAUACCCACUACACAAUCCUGCAUUAUCAAAAUGGGGAAAACUGAUUCGUUCCGAGUGCCCACAGUUUUCUUUGCCUUGUACUUUACCCAUUUUGGUAACACUCGAAGCAUCUGGGAGAGCUACGUGUGCCCUGUAAGAGUUGUUCUGCAGCACUAUACCUCUUAAAGAGCAUUGGUCACCAGUCUUAAAGCAAAUAAGCAGUCAGGGCAAAGAUGAGAGAUGGCCAGAAUAAAGGAAACAUGUGCACAUAAUUUGUAGUUAUAAUAAACUGCACAAAGACUAGUUUGGACGCUGGAAAUAUUCGUUAUAUUUUUUGCAAAUUAGCCCAUCCCCCUGGUUAGUUUGCAAUUUGCACAUAACCUGGAAGGUGUCAAUCAAACUGAAUGGUGUGACUGAGCCAGCAGUGUUUGAUGUCUGCAGUCUGUAUAUAAUCUGCUUAGUCUGGAUGGCAGCUGCUGCUAUAAAAGAUCAACAGCAAUCAUAUACAGAGAGAGCACAGAGGAGAGAAAGAGCACAGAAGAUUGAAAGGAAACAGAAAUAAAGGAAAAAAGUGAUUUUACCAGCAACAAGAGGCAAAACUCCUCAACCACCAGGGGGCUGCUUCAAGGAGAUGACCAGAAUCAACAACAGCCUGACCACUAUGCUGCCUGUCUUUGUUCUGUUGGUGCUGCAGACAGCCCCAGUGAGUGGAGUCUCCCACGACAGCAUUAAGAACGCUAUGCUUCGUAAGCUAGGCCUAAGUGAAGUGCCACAGAUGGAGAAGAGGGACCUGGAGAGGGUGGUGGUGCCAACACACCUCCGGAACAAGUACAUGUCCAUGCUGAAGCUGCACAAGGAGAAGGAGAGGAGGCGGAGAGCCCUGCCCAGCCUGGCCAGCAUUUUGCGAGGAAUUACAGGUAAUGCAGGCACAACCGGAGAAGUGCUGUACUCAGACCCCACCAGGCAGAGGCUGGUUUUCGACAUGAAGGGGUUGAUCCCUGACAACAGCGAGGUGACCAUGGCAGAGCUCAAGCUCUUCAAGAGGGGCGUCCACAAGGGGGAGCUCCCUCCCAGGAAACACAGCCGGCCUGUCAACAACGCCAGGGUCAGUGUGUACUGGGUCAAGAUCCUGGCCGAUGGCACCAACAGCACCUCACUCAUCGACUCUAGGUUGGUUCCUAUCCUCAACUCCGGAUGGGAAAGCUUGGACAUCACACAGGCCGUGUACUACUGGAUGAAGAGUGCAGACACACCCAUGCACCUGGAAAUCUGGGUUGAGGCAGAGCGAACGGGCAGCUACGCAGCUGAAUUAGCCAAACUGGUGCACUUCACCACUCAAAGCGCUGCUGACCAAGUACUGGGCAAACCAGAAUUAGUCCUCUAUACUCUCAACCUUGAAGAAUAUGGGAGCACUGGCGACUGUGGUGCAGAGAAAGGCAGGACAUGCUGCAGGCAGGAGCACUUCAUUAGCUUCCGGGACCUGCCCUGGACCCAGUACUGGAUCAUUGAGCCCCCUGGCUACCAGGCCUUCCGCUGCCUUGGGGGUUGCAAGCAGCCACAACGGCCCUUUGACUACGGAGAGAGGAGCUGUGUGGCGGUGGAGAGCGCCUCGCUGCCCGUGAUGUACCUGGUGAAGACGGGCAAUUACACAGAGAUCGAAGUGGCUGAGUUCCCCAACAUGAUAACCGAGAAGUGUGGCUGUACCACCAACAAUGUCUCGGUCAUAUAG